GUGUGGAGAAAUGAAACACAAAUACACUUCCUGUGAAAUCUUCUCUACAGAAAAAUACAUUGUUCAUUGCACAACACUUUUUUUUUUUUUACGAAAUAUAAUUGUUUGCAAAUAAAUUAAAAAUAUACAGAAUAUGCUUUUAAGCUGGAUGUUUCAUAUAAAAGCAAAAUACACUCAGACGCACUAUAAUUUUAAACAUCCAAGUAACUUUUAAAAAGGUAAUUAUUUUAUUAAUCAUGCUAUUAUUAAAAGUCUUGCUAAAAAGUCACAGAAACAUGAAAAUGUGCUUUACAAAUUAGUCCAUAAAAAUAAUAAUUAAAAAAACUAGUAAUAAAAACCAUUCCUCUCCUCAUAAAAAAGAUUUUUCUGUAGCUAUGAUUUUCUGUAAAAAAAAAAUAAAAAAAAACUAUUAAUAAGGAAAACUGGCAGAUUCCCAGGAAGCCUGUUGAGAGCACUGCUAACAGCAGAUUAGCCCUACACACUGUCCGGUCUGUGUGCAUGUCUAAAGUGGGAUUACUCGGCAGAUCAUACAACCGGAGUAAUAAGAAGUAGUGACAUAUGCAUCACAAGGCAGUCACAAUGCAUGGGCAUGGGGUCAGCAGGACUGUCGAGCACUGGGUGUAACUGGGGACGGUGGAAGAGGAAGCAGAGGUGGCCCCAGAGCCUUCUGCGUGUGUGGGUCUUUGUAUACUUUUUUCCCGUCAGAGGCAGCCAAGCGCAGCCAAAAAGGCAGUUCCUUGGCAGGCCUUAAUGGCAGUAUGAUGUAGUCUGUUGUGACUAGUACAUUCCUUUCAGGUUAAACGAAAUUGCAUUGUGUUCAAAUUCCAAGUUGCAUAAAUGUUUUAUUGCCACAAGUGCAUUUAGUCCUCAAGCAGCUGAGGUGGGGAGGGUUGGUUGGUUUGUGUAUUAGAGAGAGAGAGAGAGAGAGAGAGAGAGAGAGAGCAAACGGGAGAGAAGAGAGAAGACAGACAGGAACCAUCAGAAGAAACACUCUCGCUCUCUUAGAAAAAAAAAAACUUCACCAGUCUGAAGCUGAUCCGCUGUGACAGACUUAGAAGGAUUCCACUUUUCCUAAACUGUGACUGUUUAAAAAAUCACAUAGUCCAGAAAAUUAGUAGCUGAAGAAAAUAUGACAAGACACACGCAAAAUGGGGUUGGGAGGUAGAAAGAGAGAGAGAGGAGGAACAGGAAUGUGCCAGAGCCGAGUUGAAGCUGCCUCCUGCUUGUGUAAACUGCCAGAUUUCCCCAGAGCUGUGUUUUUGUGCAGUCUGCUUGAAGGCCAGGAGUGAUCUGUUAACUGUACACUACUGACUGGGAGGCCAAAGCAGCUCAUGGCCAUCCGCUGCACACUGGUAAACUGCACAUGUGAAUGUUUCCAGCCUGGGAAGAUUAACCUGCGUACCUGUGACCAGUGUAAACAUGGCUGGGUGGCACAUGCGCUGGACAAGCUCAGCACCCAACACCUGUACCACCCGACGCAGGUGGAGAUCGUGCAGUCCAACGUGGUGUUUGACAUCAGCAGUUUGAUGCUGUACGGCACGCAGGCGGUGCCUGUGCGCCUCAAGAUCCUGCUGGACCGGCUCUUCAGCGUGCUCAAACAGGAAGAGGUGCUGCACAUCCUGCACGGCCUGGGCUGGACGCUGCGGGACUACGUCCGGGGCUACAUCCUUCAGGAUACUGCAGGCAAGGUGCUGGACCGCUGGGCCAUCAUGUCCCGGGAAGAAGAGAUUAUUACCCUCCAGCAGUUCCUGAGGUUCGGGGAAACCAAAUCCAUUGUGGAGCUGAUGGCAAUUCAAGAAAAAGAAGGUCAGGCUGUGACUGUGCAAUCUUCAAAGGUAGACUCCGAUAUCAGGACUUUCAUCGAAAGCAACAACCGCACCAGGAGCCCCAGUCUCUUGACGCACUUGGAAAACAGUAACCCUUCCAGUAUACACCACUUUGAGAACAUCCCCAACAGCCUGGCUUUUCUCCUUCCCUUCCAGUACAUCAACCCUGCCUCCGCCCCUUUGCUGGGGCUGCCCCCUAAUGGCCUUAUGCUAGAACAGCCAGGGCUCAGGCUGCGGGAGCCGAACCUACCGGCCCAGAGCGAGCCCAACGAAAGCAGUGAGUCAGACAUCUCUCUCUCGCCAUAUGUCUGCAAUGGCCAGAGCCCCAAUCGCAGUGCCCUGAGUAGCAUCACCAACAUGGUAGAGCCCAAGUCAGAGCCCAGUAGCAUUUCCCCUCUACCGCCUCAGCACUCAUCCGCUAGCAUGAAUGACCACAGCCUGGUGAAGACGGAGCAAUCCAAGAGCAUCUCAUCCUCCUUCUCCUCCAAGAUGAACCGAAUGCGCAGGAUGGGUUGCACCUCCCGGAAGGGCCGGGUAUGCUGCAAUGCCUGUGGGAAGACCUUCUAUGACAAAGGUACGCUCAAGAUCCAUUACAAUGCUGUCCACCUGAAGAUCAAGCAUCGGUGCACCAUCGAGGGCUGUAACAUGGUCUUCAGCUCCCUGCGCAGCCGCAACCGCCACAGCGCCAACCCCAACCCCCGGCUGCACAUGCCAAUGCUGAGGAACAACAGGGACAAGGACCUCAUCCGCUCCAACUCUGGGUCUGCAACUUCCGUCAUCUCCAGCACCAAGAGUAGCCUGACCCUCACAAGCCCUGGGCGUCCCCCCAUGGGCUUUACCACCCCUCCCCUAGACACAGUCCUUCAAUCGCCACUGCAGAACUCUCUGGUAUUCCCCUCUUUGAAGACAGUGCAGUCAGUUCCUCCAUUCUACAGAAGUCUAAUGACACCAGGAGAGAUGGUCAGCCCGUCAGUUUCUCUGCCCACCAGCCCUGUAAUGCCCACCCCAACCAUGACCAACAGUACCACCGUGUUGAUGGACCAGCAACAGAUGUCCAACCCCAACCACCUUCCUCUUACCACUGAGACCAUGUCAACAGCACACAAUGUGGCCCUCCCAAGCAGCCAGGACCCUUACAUUGCUGACCCCAUGCCCAAGAAAAAGCCUAGAAAGUCCAGCAUGCCGGUGAAGAUCGAAAAGGAGGUAAUCGAUGUGGCAGAAGAGUUUGACGAGGAGGAUGAGGAGGAAAAUGACAAUGACGACAGGGCUGUUAACAACCAAGGCUGCCACCAUCAUCACCCUUACCACCUUCAUCAUCAUCCACAUCACCACAGCAACAACAUCAACAGCAUCAACAGCAACAACAACAACUGUCACCACUCCUCCCAGGACGAGAUGAGCCCCGGCCUGGCAUUGAAAAGCAUGCUGCGUCAGGACCAGGAAGACCUGAGGAGCACAGGUGGCUCUGAGAUGCGAUGUAUGGACAGCUUCACCUCCGAGGACCAGGACCAUGAGCGGGACUUUGAGAACGAGUCGGAAACCUCAGAGACCAAGAUGUGCUGCGGUGACGAGUCAAUGGAAAUUGAAGAGCAGCAGCCGCAACGUCACCACCACCACCACCACCACCACCAUCAUCACCACCAGAAUCUGAGCAGCAAAGAGGUAUUGAAGCAGGCACAUCAGGAGCAGGUGGAGGAGGAGGAGAACCAUCUAAGUGAAAAACUGGAGGACAAGCACAACUCCUCCCCUUCCCCACACCAGCCGGUCAUUAAGAUUAAAGAGGAGCUGGCUGACCCCACCUACGACAUGUUCUACAUGAGCCAGUACGGGCUGUACAAUGGGGGAGGAAGUGCUGUGGCAGCUGCGGCUGCUGCUAGCAUGGCAGCCUUGCAUGAGACCUUUGUCUCCUCUAUGGGCUACGGCGGCAGCCCCCAGAAGUUCUCCUCCUCUGAUGGAGACCCCAAGAUCUGCUACGUCUGCAAGAAGAGCUUCAAAAGCUCGUACAGUGUCAAGCUGCACUACAAGAACGUGCACCUGAAGGAGAUGCAUGUCUGCACAGUGGCUGGCUGCAACGCUGCCUUCCCAUCGAGAAGAAGCAGAGACAGGCACAGUGCUAACAUCAACCUGCAUCGCAAACUGCUGACCAAAGAACUUAAUGAUAUGGGGAUGGACACUCACCACACAUCCCUCCCCAAGGAAUUGCGUGACGAGUUCCUGGCCAAGAUAUAUGGUGCUCACCACAUGGGUUUGGAGGGCAGCGGCGGCCGGGAUGAGGCAAGCUCUCCAGCCGGCACCGAAUACUCGCAGACCAACGGCUACUGUGGAGGCCCUGCUGACGACUACAUGGUGCUGGACCUCAGCACCGCUUCCAGCAUCCAGUCCAGCAGCAGCAUCCACUCCUCACGAGAGUCCGACGAGGGCAGCGAUGAGGGAAUACUGCUUGACGACACUGACGGGGACAGCGACUGCGAGGCGUCCUCCCACAAGGCUGAGGGGCUGGCCCUGGAAGUGACGGCGGAAACAGGAGUGGGCAGCAGCCAGGGCCUGCUUGAAUCCUCUUCUCCCACACUCCACUUGGCUUCCACCAGCAAUGGCGGGAUCAUGUGCAACAUCUGUCACAAAAUGUACAGCAACAAGGGGACGCUGCGGGUACACUACAAAACCGUACACCUGCGGGAGAUGCACAAGUGCAAAGUGCCCGGCUGCAAUAUGAUGUUCUCUUCAGUGCGCAGCCGCAACCGACACAGCCAGAACCCUAACCUCCACAAAAACGUUCCUUUUGCAUCUGUAGUAGAGUAGCUACCCCAACCCCAACCCUAAACCCCAUUUCCCUGUACCAGGACCAUCGAUUUACACAAGACUGGCCUCUUGCACGGAUGGCCUCUUUUGGA